GCGCGGACCGCGAGAGCAGGGCCUAGCGGGCGCGCGCAGCCGUGAUUGUUGUGAAGAUGGCGGAGGAGGAGGCUGAGAAAGAAUACAACAGAAGAGAAGAAACCGUGGCCCUGAGGAAACGGUUCCACGAAUUAACCACGGUGUUACGAGACAGCGCAGACUCGGCGUUAGACGCCUCCGCUAGCUUCUGCCACGAAUUUUGCCAGAUACUUGUGGAACAUGGAGGCCAAUGGAAGUCGGAGGAAGAUCCACUGCCUUUGCUGGAGAUGUACACAGUGGCUAUACUAUGCUUUGCCGAAGCCACCCCCUUUCUUUUUCCCGAAUGUGAACAUGUCACAGUUGUCCUUGAGAAGUUAGCUUUGAGCUGUCUGGACUUUCUGCUCUCACUCUCGGAGAAAGUACCAGGUGCCCUAUGGGAAGAAUUUCAGUCUUCUGUCAAGGUGGCACAUGGUAUUCUUCAGGGCAAUGGGAAUAUGCAGCUUAGUACUCUGAUGGCUCUAGCUAAUGAAAGUGGGGUUUGGACCAACACCACUCUGUGUCACAUUCUAUCAAACAACAUGCCUGAAGUUGAAAAAGUUCAUGAGCUCCUAGCUCGGGAAGGACCUACACUGCUUGAUAUGCGUAUAAAGCACCUUAUCAAACAGAAGUGUGUGGAAAAAGCUGCAGUGCUUGCAAAAACAUGUGCAGAGUUUCCCGAAUUUGGUGGAAAGAAGAAUUUCAAGCAGAUUUACCUUGUAUGUCUGUGUGAGACAAUGUCACAACAAGAACUCAUGCAAGAGAUAAAGGAGAUUGACUGCAAAGAUGCUUUGGAUAUGAUUUGUAACUUAGAAUCUGAGGAAAAUGAAAAAGGUGCCCUGAGCCUUUGCACUGCUUUUUUCAAGCGCCAGCUUCUCCAAGGGGAUGUGUAUUGUGCCUGGGAACUGACACUGUUUUGGAGUAAGCUUCUGAUACGACUUGAAUCAGCACAGGCCUUUUUGGAUCAAUGUAGACUGUUAGCACAGCUCUCUGGCAGUGUUUACCAUAUUCUUCUCCUCAUCAAAGUUAUCCAAGCAGAGGUUCAGAAUGAAGGACUUCCAGUGUGCAUUGAAAUGUGCAUUCAAGCUCUGAAAAUAGGAGUGAGUGACAAUGAAGACUGCAACACAACUAUCUGCAAAACUAUCUCCUGCUUGUUGCCCUUAGACUUGGAAGUGAAGCGGGCAUGCCAGUUAACUGAGUUUCUUGUUAAGCCCACUGUGGAUUCCUACUAUGCGGUUGAAACACUCUUCAACGAACCUGACCAGAAACUUGAGGAGGAAAGUCUCCCGAUUCCAAAUUCACUACGCUGUGAUUUGUUAUUGGCAUUGAAGACGCAGUGGCCUUUUGACCCUGAGUUCUGGGACUGGAAAACUCUGAAGCGCCACUGCCUUGCUCUGAUGGGGGAGGAAGCAUCUAUCGUGUCCUCCAUUGACAAAUUGAAUGACAGUGAGGAAAAUGAAGGGCUGCUGGAUGCUGAUGAGAAUGAGUUCAAACAUCUGGAAUUUACUCUUAGUCCAACAAAUGAGGCUAGUGGCAUUGAAGCUGAGAGAAAGAAAAAAAGGGAAAUGAAAAAGUUGAGAGAAAAGGGAUUUGUGUCUGCAAGAUUUCGCAACUGGCAAGCUUAUAUGCAGUAUUGUGUAUUGUGCGAUAAGGAGUUCCUUGGGCACAGGAUAGUGAAGCAUGCACUGAAGCAUGUCCAAGAUGGUAUUUUCCGUUGUCCAAUCUGUACUAAGACAUUUGAGACGAGAGCAAUUCUUGAGCCUCAUGUAGCAUCACACGUGAAACAGUCGUGCAAAGAACGGCUUGCUGCUAUGAACGCAAAAGACAAAAAAUUGAGUUCUGCCGAACCCUUGUUGACUGAUGGUAAACAAGACUACAGCAAAUCGGCUGUAAAUGUUGGGCAGGAUGUGUGCCCUACCGUUGUAGGAACUUCAAACACUAAUUCUAGCACUGCUGGAAAUGUUAAACCUAAAAUAUGCUCUCCAAAACGAGGUAACCCUGUACGUGAUGUUGAAAACACUGAAGAUUGCUCUUGUCCUGUUACAAGCUGUCAGAAAGUAUUCAAGUACUUCAGAAAUUUGGUUGCACAUGUUAAGGCUCACAAAAAUGAAGAGGAGGCUACACAUUUUCUUGAAGUACAAAGCCAGAAAGCAAUUUGCCAGUAUUGUCGUCGUCAGUUCGUUAAUAUGACUCAUUUAAAUGAUCACUUGCAGAUGCAUUGUGGCGAGAAACCAUAUUUCUGCAUUCAGCUGGGAUGCAAAUGCAGCUUUAACUCACAUGCAGAACUUCUCAUGCACAGAAAGGUGCACUCAGAAUUCCAGGCACAGUGUAUGUUUCCAAACUGUGGGAGAGUAUUCAGUGAAGCUUACUUACUCUAUGAUCAUGAAGCACAGCACUACAUCACAUUCACUUGCAAAAGUGAUAAUUGUGGCAAGAUAUUUUACUCUCUGUCUCAGCUGAAUUUACAUCAGAAAGAGCACAUGAAGCCGGAGUUUGCUGAAGUUGAGGGCUUAAGGCUUCAAAGUGAGACAGUGACCCAGAAUUCUUUGAACAUCGAAGAGACGUCAAAUCAAGUCGCUGAUGUUCCACAAGAUUCUAGUCCGCAGAACAUGAAACACUCUGUUGAGAACACGUUAAACUCUACUCAUGGCUCCGUAGAGGAGCCUGAUCACUCUUUAUCUUACACAAGUGAAUCAUCAGUCACACAUGACCAGUCACCAGCUAGGGGCCCUUCUGUUGCACAGACUAAUGAGGCAACUAAGACUCCAAACACAGCUUGUGUGACGCAGUCUGACAUUGAUUCUGCAAACCAGAUUAAUCUUCGAUCAUGCUUUGUGAAACUGAUGCCUAUUCCAAUCAAGUAUGAUGAUUCUGUUUUCUUGAAUGCUCUUAAGAACUCCGACGCUAUGACUCAGUCAAUUUUGAAAGAUAAGAAGCUAUUUUGUUUUACUUGUAAACAGCUCACAACAAAUCAGAUGACACCUGAUUUACAAAAUGGAACUUCAACAAAUGCAUAUGCACAACCAUGGUCACAAAAAAAUCAGGAAAAUGGAGGAGAUAAUCUCACUCACAUCUGUCCAUUUGAGACAUGCACACGAAAAUAUAGCACUUCAAAAAGUUUGUCAAGACAUGUUAAAAAUGUGCAUAUUGAAGCUUUUGAGGAGUGGAAACUGUCAAGGAAGUACAAGAGGAUUGCAGAAAUUGCUGCAAGAAAAUCUGAUUCUGACCAUAAACACUCAAAUUUUCAGACUGCCAAAAAACGGAUAAAAUCUUCUACAAAGGCAAUACCCCACCAGUAUCCAGAAAUCCAGCAGGUGAAGCUUCAGCCAGACUGUACAGCCGCAGACGCUAUUCCACAUCUCUCUGGUCCUAUCAACGCACAAACUUUUGGUGCCAAAUUUUGCCCUCAAUUUGAAGGAGCUCAGAAUGAAACUCCACUAUCCGAUACUCCAUUAAUGCAAUCACAGAUGGCUCAGUCCUGGACUUCAACUUCAUUUGAUGGAUACAAUUCUGAUUACUCUCUGCAGAAUCAGUUCCCUCCAGUGAUCAUGCCUGAUGGCUUACAGCAGUCUUAUCCAUUAUACCUACCACACACUGAUCUCCUGUCAGAAAGAGACAUGGAUUAUGCUCCUUCCUUAUCUGAUGACGGCAACACACUAUCAACAGGAAACAUGGAUUCGCACUCAAGUGUAAUGAAUGAAGCUUCUAAAUAUGUGUCAAGCUCUUUAAGGGUGUUACAUGCUCUUAAUGGUGAUCAGACAUGUGAGAUAUCACAAAUGGCAUCAAGCGAAGAACUUGGAUACAUGCAGAUCAGACAAAACCACAACAGUGUUGUUCCACCCGAUGUUAGUGAUUUGCAUUCUGUGUCAGAACAGAAUUUCAAUCCAUAUUUUUCGUCUUAUCCAGCAGAGACGUGUUCCACUUCAGUACAGACUCUGUUAAAGCCAGAAAAAGAAUACACAGUUAGUGAUGCUAGUCCGCUGUUCUCAUCAGAAGUUAAAAGUCAAACCCAUUUUGUAUCGCCCAUUUGCAAAGAAGAACCUGAAUGUUUUUCUGUUUCAAAUGCCAGUACUACAGCAAUGGAGAAUGAACAGAAUAAUGAUCUACUCGCACAAGAAAUGUCACCAGUGACAAGUGAAGAUGUUUCUUGUGGCGAUAAGAGUGUUACAAGUCCUGGUGAAAUCAUGAAAAUGAAGAAAAUUAGAUCAUCAAAGAGGACUAAGUGGCCUGCAAUAAUAAAGGACGGAAAAGUUAUUUGCUGCAGGUGCUACAGGGAGUUUACCAGCACCAAGUCCCUUGGAGGACACUUAUCUAAGCGCUCUCAGUGCAAACCAUUAGAUGAAGUUGAUCUUACUGCUGAUUUGCCUACAUCAUUUCUUGAUUUUCUGAAUGAUCCAGAUAUUUCAACCAUCCCAAUAUCUCUUCACAGAAAUGACAUGCAUGGCCAAGAUGCCCAGUCACUUAUACAUCAGCAGUCAGAAUCAAAUGUCCUUAACAGUAGCAGCUUUACAGACAUCCAUAGCCCAAAUUACAGUCUUCAAAACGGCCAUCUGUCAUCUGGAGACACAUCUGAAAGUCCUUUCAUAGCCCCUAAUAAUCAGAGUGGAAGUUCAUCUACUGUGCCAUCUUUGAAAAUUCUUGAUUUGCCAGAAACUGACACUGAACAGAACUUUAAAGCUGAAAUAUCUUCUACAGCUCCUGGUGAAGAUGGCAACAUUUUAGAAAUUGAACGGGCAUUACAACGCCUAGAUUUAGUAGAUGGACUCACCCAAGACCCCUUAAAAGUCAGAACGCCUGCCUUGCAAAAUCUUGUGGCUGUCACUGAAACAACAACUAAGAGCUGUAAUAAAACGAAAAGUCAGGGAGAAAGUCAUGAUCUGAAGAAUAUUCUCAAACCGUUCAAAUGUACUGAAGAUGGCUGUGUCUAUGGUGCAAUGACAAAGGAAGCUUUAUUUAAACACCUAGUCCGUGUACAUGAAUUCACUGAGGACAAGGUAAAUGAACUGAAGAGAAACCCAGACAGAUUAUCACCAUACGUUUGUCACUUGUGCUCAAAGACAUUUACCAGAACCACAGGCCUUAAAAUCCACUAUAAAAAUGUACAUCAUUUGUCAAGGGAGGAAAUAUCUAAAUUAAAAAUUGGCAGACAAGGCAGAAAGACAAAAGCAUCUAACUCUGCAUCAAAAGAUGCAACUAAGAACCUUGCCAGCCCUCAGACAAACAGCUUGUCAUCCGUGCAGUCUAUGUCAAGUGUAACUUUUGGCAUGGCAGGUACUAAUAUAAAGACUGAACCAGCAGACUUUGCAGGAAAAAAGCAAUGUCUUAAUCAAGUUGCCCUAACAAGUAGUGUGAUUAGUCCAGCUACAGAUAUGUUACAGAAAAAUCCAGGUCCUAUUUUAAUAUCAGAGAAGGAUUUAAAACCACUGCAAAGUCCUUGUCACAGUGCAGAUAAUCUGAGUGUGCAGAGUUCAACAGUAAGUGUUAGUCAAGAACUGGCAGCUGGAAACUCUGUUCCUCUUGACAAACAAUGUGUUUUGGAGCAAGCUGCCAAUGCCUCAUCCACACAUGUUGGAGAAAGCAUGACUGAACAAAUGGACAAGUCAAAAAAGGCAAAACCUAAGGAGAGGUUUGAACCCCUUAAAAAAGAGAAACCACACAAAAAACUUGUGGCCAAAGUUGAUUCUGUUGAUACAAAUGAUGAGGUUAGUUUGUACAGGCCAUACCGAUGUGUCCAUGAAGGAUGCGUAGCCGCUUUUUCUAUACAGCAAAACCUUAUCUUACAUUACAAGGCGAUGCAUCAGUCAGAGAUCUUAGACGAAUCAAAUGAAAACAUCAGUGGUGAUCAUAGUGAUGGGUCUGCUCGUGUCCAUGAAUUCAAAUGUCAAGUGAAAGAAUGUUCAAAGGUUGUCUCCAAAGUUACAAGCUUACUCAAGCAUUAUCUGUUGCUUCAUAGAUGCACAUUAGAAAAAGCUAGUGCUUUGCUGUCAGGUAUUGAGGUAGGGAAAUUUCAGUGUGAUCAGUCCAAAUGCUCUGCAUAUUUCACAUGCCAUCUGAAAUACAUUGAUCACAUUAAGAAUGACCACAAAGCAAUAAGAGUUUCUGCGGAUGGAGACUUUGAAAGUGUAGACCUCACAUUCAAGUGUGAAUAUGAGGGUUGUGACAGGGUGUAUACCACAAAGUCAAAUCUUCUACGACAUUUCAUGAAAAAACAUCAAACAACAUUUGAAACCAUUAAACAGAAACAAAAAAAGGGUGAAGGAGAAACUGAAUCAGCAAAAACACUUGGUGCAAAACCUAAUGAUGGGAAGGAGAAUAUUUCAGGUAACAAGAUCAAACUGAAAAAGAAAAAUUUGAAGAAAAAGGAGGAAAAAGCCCGUAACCACUGGACAAGCUUUGGAAAGCCUUCUCUGAAGUCCAUGGACGAGGCAUCUGCCAUGUGUACUGGGCAGUUUCCUCUACAGUACCCAUGUAUGAUUAAGGGCUGUGACUCAGUCUCAAGUACAGAGCGGAAUAUAGUUAAGCAUUACACCACUCACGGUCUCACAGAACGCUACAUUGAGAAUCAGAGGAGCCACUUCAUAUUCUGUAAGAAGAACUCACGAUUAAGGAACAAAGAAGGAAGUAAAUCGGAUGAAAUUUCUUCAGACACCACUGAAGUUGAAAAGGCUGAUUCUGACGAAAAUGCUGAUCCUGCUCAAAAGGCUGAUCCUCAGCAAAACGUCGAUCAUGCAGAAACGGUUGAUCCCACCCAAAAAGCUGAUCCCUCACAAAAGGCAGAUCCUCAGCAAAAUGCUGAACUGACACAAAAGACUGAUCCUCAGCAAAAGGCUGAUCUUGUGAACUCCAUGGUUAAAUCCCAGGAUCUAGAGCCUGAAAAUAGUGCUCCUCCUAAAACUGAACAGCUGGCCUUUGCGACCUCCACAUCCGAACUAAUGCCAGUUAAACGCAAAAGGGGGCGGCCGAGGAAGUCGGAACAGACACUAAAAGUCAAUCCAGAACGAAAGCAAAGUCUUAGACACAGCACUACAGAUAGCAAUCAUGUCCCAAAAGUUUCAGGAUCUACAUCAAAUUCUGCUGCCCAUCACCAGGAGCAGACAGAGAGUGGAGUUGCACAAAAGCUUUUCAGUCCUUUAGGGUUUAAGGCAUCAAUACUUAAGUUAUUUGAAGAGCCUCCAUCUACAAAUACUUUCAAGAGGAAAUCAAGUGAAAGUGAUUGGACUGAUAAGCCAUUAAAACGAAAACAAAAAAAUCUAAAUGCUAAUAGUAUCUAUAAAAACUCUAUGUAUCUGAAGAAAAGUGAGGACCAAAAUAUGGUUCAUUUCAGAAAUCCUCUCAAGCUAGAGUCUGUCAAUAAUGUUAAGAUUGUUAUGGAUGGAAGUUUUUCCAAUGGUGCUGAUCUUUUGCUGAAACAACUUCAGGACAUGCGGCCUACGGUCAUCCUGAAAAAGUGGCUGUGCAGUUGAUGACUGGCUUUGAGACUGAUGUCUCUGUCUCUUUUCAGAGCUUUGCACUCAGGAUUAGAUAAUGUUACAUGCUGCAGACAGGUACAUCAGCUAACAGUUUGUCUGAGGUUUUUCAAGCAUUUCAUUUGAUUUGGGAAGACUGAAAAAGACAGAUUCUUAUACAAAAUAUUGAUUUUACAUUUUGAGAUACCAUUAUGUACAUUAGGGUUUAAAUGUUAUGUAGAAACAUAUUUGUAUUUAUGAAGUCAGUUCUCUUUUAAAGCUUAGCAUUUGCUAAAUGUAAUAUUUUACACACAUGCUGAAAAAAUGUUUUGAUAUAUCCCUAUGGGAUCUGUUUCUUUUUUAAGUAUAUAUUUAUUUUUUACUUCACUGUAGUGUAUAGUAAUGUAUAUGUCUUCCACACAAUAUUCAAUAAAAGUAACCUGAAUGCUUUCUGUAAAUGACAGUUGUUAUUUAUCAGAGCUGCAUGACCAAGGCUAACUUUUAUUGCAGUUACUUAUUGGGAUACUUUUGCUACAAGCCGACUUCAAGUAUUAAAAAUUUAGGCUUAUAUAUUUCUUUGGUGGCUGUAGUUGCAUGUACUCAAGUUUUGUAUCUCCCCAUUUUAAUUUGUUUGAACAAACAAAACCAUUCUAAUAAUUAAGCAAAUAUGUGAAACAUUUCAAUCGGCCGUGUAAUGUACCAUAUUGUCCGCUCUUCACUUAGGAAUUAUCAAAGAGGCAAACAUUCAGCUACUGUUAACACAAGAGCACUGCACCAUGCAUGGCACCAUUACACACAUUCAUAAUUUAUUUUAGCCAAUCCAUCUACCAGGCAUGUUUGUGGGAGGAAACUGGAGAACCAGGAGGAAACCCAUGUGGAUAGGGAGAACAUGGGAAACUACACAGACAGUAACUCAAACUCGGGAUCUAACUGGGGGCCCUGGAGCUGUCAGGUGUCAGUGCUACCCACUGCACCAGCUUCGGAGAAAACAACAUAAUUAAUUUAACCUCUUACAAAAGCAGCCUGAAACCUGAAAGUCAUUCAUGAUCAGAAUGAAAUUUUCACUUAAGAUAUUAGUGUGUUAUGUGCACACUUCAUAUAAUGUGCUGAGAGCAUGGAAAAUAUUUAAAUGUCAGAAAAUGCAUCAGUUCUGACAUGGCAGGUUAAGUGUGAUGUGCACAUAAAUCUUAAGAGGCCUCUGCACUUCCUUUUGUUAUUUCAGGAAAACAAAGUUUCAAAAUGUCAAGAUUAAGAUCUAAGGUUUAUAAAGUGAGUAAACAACAUAUGUGAAACCUUGGCCUGUUGGGACUUAGACAGAAAACAAUGUUGAUAUAACCAUGAAAACUGCACAAAGGAGAAAUAUGCUGUGAAUGAAAUGCUGCAUAUCGCCCCUAAAGGGCAAAACCAGUCAUGAGGAUGAAUGUGCCCUUUAAAGCACACAGCCAAACAAGAGACUGAUGCUGCGUCCCACUUCGCCUACUUAUACUACGCACUAAAAGUAUGUACUCUUUUGUGAAGAAAAAGAGUAUGCAAGUACUGGUACAUACUAACACGUCAUGUAACGGAAGAGAACGUUGUUGCCAAGUUACGCACGCUGACACCGGAAACAAACUCCUUGCUGCAUUUCAGCAUUUCCUCAUUUAUUACUCCAUAUAUAAUUUAUACUAUACAGUUUAAUUUACCAUUCCCUUGAUUUAUUUUUCCUCAUUUCAUUUACACCUCUCUCAAAUGCGUGCCAGUGAAAAGGGAGUCAUUUGUAACGCGGCAUUUUAUUAGGUACUUGGUCUCUUCAUCUGAACCUACAAGAUAA